AUGCGCUCCUUCCAUCUGCUCGCGCCCUUUGUGGGCUCUUCCCUUGCUGCCUACCCAUGGUUGAACGAGCCUGACACUGGUCUUGAACGUGUUCUCGGCGUUGAGGGUUACGAGCCCCCGAAUAUCUGCCCUGAGCUCGACCAGAUGCAAUGCGCUCCGGACUUCGAGUUUGCGGCCAGAAACUGCCUGAACGGCUCCAGCUACACCUGGUACAGACACGCCUCUGGUGGCGAAUGGUCAUACAGGAACAACCUGGACUCCUUCCAGCAACUGAGGUUCAGGCCCAGGAUGCUCAAGGAUAUCUCCAACACCAAGAACACCCUUAGCACGUCCAUCUUGGGUUACAACUUCUCGGCUCCUUUCUUCAUUGCUCCGGCUGCCCGUGCUGCCUACUCCAACCCCGAGGAAGCUGAGAUUGCUUUCAUGAAGGGUGCCUAUGCCCAGGAUAUCCUCUACAUGCCUGCUCUCUACGCAAGCAAGACCAUUGAGGAGCUUGCUGCAGCAAAGCCGAGCAAUGGGUCUCAAGUCACCUUCCAGCAGCUCUACGUGACGGCCAAUGACAGCAGCGUUCAGGAGAACAUCAAGCGGGCUGAGGCUGCUGGUGCCAAGGCCAUCGUCUUCACCAUCGACGCUGUGGCUGAUGGUGACCGCACCCGUGACGCUCGCUACCGUGAUCGCGAUAGCCAGGCCACCGACACUGCAGAGCUCCAGGCCCUGACUUGGGACUACUACACCACCAAGCUUACCCAGUGGACGGAUCUCCCCGUCAUCCUGAAGGGAGUUUACACCGUCGAGGACGCCAAGAAGGCGGUCGAGGUGGGUGCGCCGGCCAUCUACCUCUCCAACCACGGCGGCCGCCAGCUCGACGGCGCGCCCUCGCCGCUCGAGAUUGCCAUCGAGAUCUACGAGCAGGCGCCCGAGGUUUUCGAGCAGCUCGAGGUCUACGCCGACAGCGGCGUCCGCUACGGCACCGACAUCCUGAAGUUGCUCGCUCUCGGUGUGCGCGCCGUCGGCCUGGGCCGCUCCUUCCACUACGCCAACGUCUACGGCCAGCCUGGUGUCGAGCGCUUGAUCGAGCUGCUGAAGCAGGAGAUCGUCAACGACGCCGGUAACCUUGGUCUGUCCAACCUGUGGGACAUCAACGCCGAUUACCUCAACCUGGCUAAGCUUAAGUGCAACGGAUGGUAG